GAUGUGGAAAAGGAGACAACAGUGUGGGAGGCUGUAGUGAAAUGGGUGCAGCACAGCAGGGAGGACAGGCUGCACCACCUUCCCAGCAUCCUCCCUCACAUCCGCUUCAACCUGCUGACCUCAGAUGACACGGCAGCCAUCUUGGAACACGCCCUGAUCCAGGAGUCUCCUGGGAGUUCUAAGGUCAUCAGGAAAAGAGCAAAGAAAAGGAAUCUGAAGCCGAGACUUGGGAUGACAACGGAAAUGCUUCUGCUGUCGGAUAUGGGGACAGGCGAUCUCCUCUACAUGAACCCUCAGAAAGGGAAGUACAUCAGUUCUGAAGAUGAUGGCUAUCCUGAUUGCGCUGGUGCAGCUUUCACCAGUGAUCAUAACAUUUACAUUCUGGAACAUGACCGAGAGGAUACCGGUCAGAUGUCCAUGUUCAAGUACAACCAUGCAGGCAAUGUGUAUGAAGAUGCUGGUAUGUCUACAGUAUCUAAGUUCAAGGGAGAAACCUCAGGUCCUGAGUGGAGUCAGUUCCUUGUUGAGGUUGAUGAGAUUUUAUAUUACGUUUCUGCAAAUGUAGGAGAAGGCAGUGGAUUGGUCCGUAUGAAAAAGUACAGUCGGCAGAAGGACCAAUGGCAGGAGUGUUCACAGCUGCAACUUCACAGAACUUGUCAUCGCAGCGCCGCAUUGUCCUGUGGUCCGUACCUCUAUUUCAUCAUGACCUCAGCGAUGUAUCGCUACGACCCAAGUCAGAACUGUUGGCACGAGCGGACACCACCGAACCUCGAGAGUCGCUACUCGUUCCUCACAGUUGUUGCCAUGGGAACAGAGAUCUUCUGCACAGAUAGUGACUUCAAUCAGACCAUGGUGUACGAUACAGAGUCAGACCAGUGGAAGAAACUGCAAGGCUGGCAGGACCGGGGAAACCUUCGUACCCGUAACUGGCCGUAUCUUUUCGUACUUGACAACCAGCUGCAUGUACUGUUUGAUACCUAUGAUACUACCAAAGAAGGACCAUCAACAAAGUAUCUGGUGUAUGUGUAUGACAGGUCUGCUGAUGCCUGGAGAGACUUGAAGGCCACUUUGCCUGAUAAGGAAUAUUAUUCACUUGAUAAUCUGUCCUCUGUGGCACGUUUGUACCUACCCUUUCUAAAGGGAGCACAAAAUCUCAUCACCUCCUAUGCAAUUCGGCAGGAUAAGAGUACGGCAUAGCUUGGCCUACUCACAGCCAACGCAGGGCAGGACUGUUUUACAACAUCUUUGUUUAGGUCGAUGAAAGUUAGACAUUCAGGUAAUAAGAUAUGCCUAAUAGCAAUUACUCGAGCAACUGGAUAUCAUUAUGGAAAAGGUCCCAUGUUUCAGGUAGAAUCCACCUUUCGUCAAGGUAAUAUGAAAAUAGUGUCACUGACGCAUCCACAAAAGGUAGUGGAUUCUACCUAAAGCUUCUUACCGUUUCCAAAAUCAUAUCUAGUUGCUUGAGUAAUUGCUUUUUGGCAUAUUUUUGUUUAGGUAUGGGUUUUGCUAAAUGAUACAAGAAUGGGACAAAGUCUUAUACAUGUAGUACCUUUUAUAUCCUAUAUUAUUUGUACUUUGAACUUCAUCAGGUAUCCUUGAUUCUUUCUUUUAGAUAAGAAGUAUCUGACCUUAAUGCAAUAUGUCUUGAAAUCUAACGCUAAUAAAAGUUCACUUCGUGUGAUCAGCACAGGAGA